AUGUUGACCCAGCUCAGAGCCCGCAGCAGGAGUUUGUUCCACAGCUUCAAGUCCGGCAGCCGGACUCAAGCGGUCCCGGAGCCGGCCGACUAUCUGGACUUCAGCAGCCGCUGUGUUAAGCCAUGGAGCUCCAUGCAGGAUCUGGCCAGAGACAUCUAUGAUAUAUAUGCUGAGUAUGAAGAUGAGGAGGAUGGAUUCCCGGUGUCUCCCUCACACCUGCUGCUCUCUCCAACCAAACACCUCACUCUGAACAUCAACGUUGGAGGAACGAUGUACUACUUGCCCUACAGCUUAGCUGCCAGGUAUCCAAAGACCAGGAUUGGCCGGUUGGCCACGUGCAGGGACCACAGCAGGAAGCUGGACCUGUGUGACGACUACAUCGUCCAGAGCAACGAGUUCUUCUUCGACCGCGACCCUAAAAUCUUCCACAACAUCUUCAACUUCUACAGAACUGGAGUGUUAUGCAUUAGAGACGAGCUGUGUCCCCGCAACUUCCUGGAGGAGAUAAACUACUGGGGCGUCAGAAUCAAAAACAGCCAACGCUGCUGCCGCAUCUCCUUUGAAGAGAGGCAGGACGAGCUGAGCGAGCAACUGAAGAUACAGCGGCAGCUGAUAGCAGAGGUGGAGAUGGAGGAGAACGAGGAGUUAUUUCACGGCAUGGCGUUCGGGCCCGCCCGGAGGAAAAUCUGGAACCUGAUGGAGAAGCCGUUCUCCUCUGUCACUGCUAAGCUGAUGGGGGUCGCCUCCUCCAUGUUUGUGCUGGUCUCGCUGGUCGCCAUGACGCUCAACACUGUGGAGGAGAUGCAGUACAAGACGGCGUCGGGCCAGCCCAGCGGCAGAUUCUAUGGCGAGUAUGUCGAGACGUCCUGCAUCACCUUCUUCACCCUGGAGUACCUGCUGCGCCUGGCGUCCACCCCCGACCUCAAGUGUUUUGGACGCAGCGUGCUGAACACCGUCGACCUGGUCGCCAUCCUGCCGCACUACCUGCAGAUGGCCCUGGAGCACUUCGAGGACGAGGACAUCCACCCGCACUCGGGGGACAUCGAGACCGUGGCGCGUGUCGGAAAGAUGGGUCAGGUUCUGAGGAUCAUGCGUCUGAUGCGGAUCUUCAGGAUCUUGAAGCUGGCUCGCCACUCGACGGGCCUCAGGGCCUUUGGCUUCACGCUGAGACAGUGCUACCAGCAGGUGGGCUGCUUGCUACUCUUCAUCGCUAUGGGCAUCUUCAUGUUUUCGGCCAUGGUGUACACUGUGGAGCAUGACGUUUACAACACCAACUUCACCUCCAUGCCGCACGCAUGGUGGUGGGCUGCUGUGAGUAUUUCCACCGUCGGCUACGGCGACAUGUUCCCUGAGACCAACCUGGGCCGUAUCUUAGCCUUCGCCUGCAUCUCCUUCGGCAUCAUCCUCAACGGCAUGCCCAUCUCCGUCCUCUACAACAAGUUCUCCGACUACUACACCAAGCUUAAGUCCCACGAGUACACCGCCGUCGCCAAGGCCAGAGGGAAGGUGCACUUCGCCAGGAGGGCAGCAAAGAGGUUGGCAGAGUACUGCGAGGACGUCGUUCAGCCGAGGACGUCCCGCCUGCAGUGA